AUGAAUAUUUAUCUUCAAGCAGAUAAUAUUGAUUGUCCUAAACCACCACUUGUUGAUUUUGUUCGAGAUUUAUUAACAAAAGUUUGUUUUCAUUCUGACUCUGCCGGUCCACUAAAUUAUUCUAUGGAUAAUGUUGAAUUCUAUAAUGCACAUUGUCGACUUUAUCAAGAUAUAAAACAAUGUUUAGAUACAAAAUUAAAACAUUGUGAUACGGAACAACCUGGUCUUACUCAACAUAUAUUAAGUUUAGUUGAAAAUUAUCAAUUACCUUUAGAAUAUUUUGAGUAUGAUGCAAACACUUAUGAUGAUAAUCAUUAUCUACAAAAUUUAAUACCAUUUUGUGAGGGUGAUAAACUUUCAAAUCAUUUUUUACAACAAUUUGAUCGUUCACUAUUAAGUUGUUUAACAAAAGUAACAUUAACAAAACAUAAGCAAUGUUUAUCUACAUUUAAAAAUAAUAUUCAAACAGUAUAUCAAACAAAAGCACUAUUAAAUGAAAUAACAAAAUGGUCGGAAGAUUUUCUUCGUUGUAUUUAUAAUUCAAUUCCAACAAAUUGUCCACGAGCAACAAAAGAAGUAUUUAUUUUUAAAGAAUUAUUAGCUGUACCAGAAAAAUAUAAUAAGUCAACAUCAACAUCAACAACAUUAAAUAUUACAAAAAUUAUUAAACAAAAAUUACCAAAUGAAAAUGUUCAAGAAUUUGCACAAUCAAAACGAGCUACAUCAUCUAUUCAUGGUGAUCCACAUAUUGUUCAACUUCAUACAACAACAGCUGUAACAUGUAGAUUGCUAGAAAAUCGUACCUAUAUAUCUAAUCCUCAUUUUAAAAUAACUGGUAUAUCAAAACAUGUUGGUCAUCCUGAUUUAACAGCGACUGCUAUAACAUCUUUACAAAUUGAUUUUUAUAAUUUAAAUGGUAGUUUAAUUGCUAACUAUCGAGCAUCCAGUGGUAAACUACCAUUGGAAUUAAUCUAUCGUGAUAGAUUAUCACCAUCAAUAAUAAAAAUUGAUCAUGGAGAACAACGUUCAACUGAAGGUCAUAUAACUUUGACACAUAUUCCAACUUCAACACAAAUAACAGUGAAUAUAUGGGCAAAAUUUUACUUUUUUCUUGUUCGUUCAUCAGAAUUAUUAUUAAAUAAUUCAAAUGGAUAUUUAAUAACAGGUUGUCCACCAAAUGAAAUUAUUGAUCGACAAGCAAUAAUUGCACGGUUAAAAGAACGUUUUGCACAAAGUCAACGACAAGUAGCUAUUACUACAGCACGUCAACGUCGUCAUAUAUUUUUACAUGAAUCACAAUUACCACAGAAAUGUGAACAGAUUUGUUCAAUUAAAGAAAAUGAUUUUGUUGAUGAAUGCUUAUUUGAUUGUUUAGCAUUCGCUUCAUUUAAUGCAACACAAGCAUUACGAGUUAAUGAAAUACAUCUAUCAACAAGUCGAGAACGACGACAACUUGUGGAAAAUGACAAUCAAAUAGUAAAGGAAUUUAAAGAAUGUUAUAAACAAGGCAUAGUAUGUCAAACAAUGCCAGAUCCAGAUGGAAUUAUAGAUCGAGGAUUAACAAAUCAAAUAUCAUUUUUUAUAAUGAUGAUUAUGUUAUUAUUUAGUGUAAUACUAAAAUAA